AUGCCACCGACACCGUGUGCCCUUUGUAACGCCAACCGAGCGCUCAUCAUCCGGCCUAAGAACCAUCAAAAGCUCUGCAAAGCCUGCUUUAUAACCCUCUUCGAGACCGAGAUCCAUAAUACCAUCACCACAAACUCCCUCUUCUCUUCCGGCGAACGAGUUGCUAUUGGCGCCUCCGGAGGCAAAGACUCUACCGUGCUAGCAUCCGUCCUCAAAACUCUCAACGAACGCUACCACUACGGCCUAAACCUGCUGCUACUUUCAAUAGACGAGGGUAUAAAAGGCUACCGAGAUGAUAGCCUCGAGACUGUCAAGAGGAAUGCUGUGCAGUAUGACAUGCCUUUGGAAAUAGUUGGCUACGAUGAGCUCUACGGUUGGACAAUGGAUCAAGUGGUCUCGCAAAUCGGCAAGAAGGGCAAUUGUACCUACUGCGGCGUCUUCCGGCGGCAAGCACUCGACCGUGGAGCUGCACGUCUCGGCAUCAACCACGUCGUCACAGGUCACAAUGCCGACGAUAUCGCUGAAACCGUCAUGAUGAACCUGCUGCGAGGUGACCUGCCACGGCUAGCCAGAGCUACAAGCAUUGUGACAGCGAGUGCAGCGAGCGAUAUUAAGAGAAGCAAGCCGCUUAAGUAUGCAUACGAGAAAGAAAUCGUGUUGUACGCACAUCACAAGGGGUUGGAUUACUUCACUACGGAGUGUAUCUAUAGCCCGGAGGCGUUCCGGGGGAGCGCGAGGACGCUGAUCAAGAGUCUGGAGAGGGUGAGGCCGAGUGCUAUCUUGGAUGUUGUGAGAAGUGGGGAAGAUAUGGCGAGGUUAGUGCCGGAGGAGGUGAGUGGAGGCCGCAAAGGCGGUAAAGACGUACUCGUCGUAGAAGGAGAAGCCGAAGGAGGUGGCGGUUGUGGAAAUGCUAAUGGGAGGGCGAGCGGCGGCGAGAUGGCUGAUAUGGAAAAGCAACUCCUCCAGAACGAAGGAGCUCAGGACAAGGAGACCGAAGUGACAGGCAAAGGACAGAAGCACGACCGGAACUGCGAAGGCUCCAAUCGAAUGGCCAGAAAGUUACCCAAGCAGCAAAUGGGCAAGUGUGCUCGGUGCGGAUACUUGUCCAGUCAAAACAUCUGCAAAGCGUGCAUGCUUCUCGAAGGCCUCAACAGAAACAGACCCAAGACGCAGAUUCAAGUCAGCGUUGAAGAGGAAGAUAAUAGCCCUACGCUGACGCGGCGGAUGGAGGGCUUGACCGUCAUUCCUGGCCAGCAGACUUGA